GACGGCAUUGUCAGCAGCUCUACCGACCUGCGUCUCAGCGGCGGGCUCAAUCGAUAGCAAGGUGAUAGUCGGGAGCGACGGUUGCGAUGUUGUUGCGGCCGUAGCAAUAUUUACCGGAACACGGACUUCCGCGCUUUAUUGGGCCAUGCUCAUUUCCACAAGGACGUCACGGUGGAAGGACAUUCUCGCCUUCUAGGUGAACAUAGCAGCCGUAAACGGCCAAGGCCUCAUCCUCGUCAGCUCGGAUGAUUCCACCGGGGCAAUUUACGAUCAAAUCAAAAGAGAACCUUCCUCGCCUUUUGUAACAUUGGACCGCCGGCGACAAGGUCGACCUCACAGUCCCUGAUGCAGGUGCGGUUGGCCUCACUGUAUCGGCUGCGGGCGAUCUUACGGUUCCUUCGGGUAACCUCACUUGUGUGGGCAACGGCACCUUCACCGGCUGGGCGACAGCUGCACAUGGUGAAAGCUUUUGCUGCGGGCAUCAGGAAAAACACCAGCUUAGUUAGCGCCCAUAACACUCGGGGUCAUUCAGUCAUUCCACUUCAGUCAUUCCUUUUCAUACGUUGGUUGCUUUCUCCGUCAACGACGAGAUCCUGCACGGCCUCCACAAAAGCUACGCUACGCAGGGGAUUAUCGAGGACUGCACCGACGAGAUGCACCGCUUGGCCACAUUACCUCCCCAGCCUUCAUGGUUUACCCCCCCCCCCCCCCCCCCCCAAAUGGCGCCACAUUGUCGACUACACCGGCAAGCAUAAUCGCGCGUCGGAAGUCUUCACGAACACGAUUAAAGCUAUUCUGAAGAUAAUACGCAUCAACGGCCACGACUUCCUCAAUGUCUCGACAACGCAGCUCCAAACGGGCCAGCUCAUUCGCAUCCAGCCCAUCCAGCGCUACUUUACUGAGUUCUCCUUCGCCGACCUACGGGACAUUCGGCGUCAGAAGCUCGACCGUCUCGUCUCCAACAACGUCCUCGAAGCAAUAGCGGGAAGUCCGCAGCCUCCAUCGCGAGCGACCUGGUUUCGACUCAGUUUCGACUUCUCGAACGCGCACGUUAUCCACAUGACGGACAACACGCCGACUUCAACAAAGGCCGCGCAGCAGGCGCUCCGCAUUCCCGGCACAGAAAACGUGAUAGCGGAGAGCGGACCUCGACUCGUCAGCAGAAUAAUCAGAACGACUACCAGCUCCCGCGAAUCCUUCGGCCUAUUAAGGGUCAACGGCAGUUGAAUGACACGAUGGAGCUCUUCGCCACCGGCACGAAUCGCAAUCCCCGCAUUCCGAACUGCUGCACGUUCGACCCGCGAGACCCACAGGCCUCGACGCCUUGCAGAUAUCGUGGAACUAGAUAUGAUAUCACCUCUGCUACGCGAAUCCGCCGUGGCUGCUCAUUUU